GGUGACUUGUGAAAAUGGAGAUUGCGUCACUGAAUGAAACUGCUGUGAACAGCACCAUGGACAGAGCCAACCGCACCUACAUACCUUAUUACCUGCACUCAUCCGGCAUGUCUGUCAUCUAUAUCCUGUGCUAUAUGAUGGUUCUCCUGCUCUGCGUCGGGGGGAACGUGCUGGUCUCCCUGGUGGUCCUCCGGAACCGCAACAUGCGCUCCGUCACCAACCUCUUCAUCCUCAACUUGGCCAUCAGUGACCUGCUCAUUGGAGUGUUCUGCGUUCCAACGACUUUGAUUGACAGCCUAAUAUCAGGAUGGCCGUUUGGCCAGAUUACAUGCACCAUGAGCAACCUGGUCCAGGGGAUGUCAGUGUCAGCAUCAGUCUUCACUCUGGUGGCCAUAGCUGUUGACAGGUUCACAGGUAUUGUGUACCCCUUUAGACAUCGAAUGAGGCCUGUGGCUGCUCUCGUCGCCAUCCUCUUCAUCUGGGUGCUGGCGUUUGCUGUAAUCUGCCCCUCGGCCGCUACCCUGACCAUCAUUCACUUGGAGGACACCUACCUGGUCCAGGACAACCAGACAUACCCUGUCUUCGUCUGCUUCGAGAAAUGGCCCCGGCCCGAGAUGCGUCGUGUCUACACCAUGGUCAUCUUCGUGCACGUGUACCUGGCCCCCCUGGGUGUUAUCAGCAUCAUGUAUGGCUGCAUCGUUGCCAAGCUCUCAGUCAACCUGAGGCAGGUGAGGCUGGCAGAGGUGCGGAGGGCCCAUUCCCAGCGCAGGGUUAAAGUGAUCAACAUGCUAAUCAUGGUGGCGGUGCUCUUCAUGGUGUCAUGGCUGCCUCUGUGGACGUUAAUGCUGCUGACUGACUACAGGGAUCUGGACACGCAGCAGAUUGACUUCCUCAGCAGCUACCUGUUCCCUGUGGCCCACUGGCUGGCCUUCUUUAACAGCGGGAUUAACCCCAUCAUCUAUGGCUUCUUCAAUGAGAACUUCCGCAGGGGGUUCCAGGCUGCAGUGGCCUGCAGGUCCUGUUCACAAAAAACAACAACGGGGGUGGUUAAUACACGCUUCAACUUCCCUCCCCCUAACAGAGUAUUUAACGAGAACCCUGAGUCCUCUGGUGGGAGGAAAGGCCACUGCUCUAAGGGCACUCCUAAGAUUGUCCCACAUGGAACCAAUGGAAUCCUCCUGGAUGACAUUAACAGGAAUGCUGGACUCAACAGGGUGAUUGGAGCCUGGGUGGAGUGAUUCUAAUUAGGGCUGGGACGAUUAUAGAUUAAUUGUUGUGCAAAUAGCCAUGGUUAUUGCAAUAAUUGAGCUUGUAAUGCAUCUUUACAAAUUAGCUAUGAGAUACCUAAUGAAUACAACAUAGCUUUGUUGACACACCCCUGUCUCAAAAACAAAUCAUUUUGACUGCUGGGAACUUUUGGAAAUGAAGCUUCUAUUAACUAUUAACCAUGCUGUUCUGCUUGCAAAAUGAUAACCAACGUUACCCACUCAUGGUGUAGGUGUGGUUCCCUUGCGCACACUGAAUAUAUGUAAUUCAACCACUGAAAACACUCUUAUUGUUGGCCAACAGAUUUCACUCAAUAGGUUGAAAGUACAUUUAUCUAAAGCCAUCAAUUUGAAUACGGUGUCCCUUUAAAUCAAAUUUUCUCGACAAACUCACUAUAAUAUGUAUCAUGAGAAUGGGUUCAGAAUAGGGAUCAAUCGAAGCAAGCCAUGUAAAUACACACAUAUUCAUCACCAAUUGGUAGAUUUUAAAAUACUCUGAUUUUAUAGAUUAUUUAGGCUUAGGAAAGUAUUUAUAAACCAUACAUAAACAGGGUUGGAGAGCCUUCAUACACAAAAUAUAUUGGUGAAUCAAAAUUACAGUGGUUUGAUUUAUCCUGAAAGUUGCCAUAUUCAAUAGAUCAACCCAUUAAAUAUUGGAAGGUGAGAAAGGUGUACAAUAGAAGUUGAACAGUAGUCCAAUAAAUCCACGGACUGUGAUGACAACGGUCCAGUCGCCAUGAACCGUGCGCCAGGCUCCAGGUUUAAACUGCUAUGUAUGGUCUGCUUCCCAUAAUGAUUUAAAAAGGCUACGUGUCCCAAAUUGUUGCACAACUUUUAAUACGCUAAUACUGUAUGUCCACUAUUGCUAGCGACCCUCCGAAACAACCACUUGGACGUGACAGAGGGGAAAAGGGAGGCCUAGACGAUGUAAUGGAAUGUUGCACAAUGUAGAGUACAAAUUUAAGGAAAUGAACGGUCCCUGCACUAAAGUGACAGUUAUUAUGUACAGUGCCUUCAGAAAGUAUUCAUACCCCUUUACGUAUUCCACAUUUUGUGUUACAGCCUGAAUUCAAAAUGUAUUAAAUAUAUUGUUUUACAAACAAUCCCACAUAAUGACAAAGUGAAAAGAUGUUUAUAGACAUGUUUCUUCAUUGUAGAAUAAUAGCGAAGACAUCAAAACUAUUUAAUAAAACAUAUGGAAUAUAUGUACUUCAAAGUAGCCACCCUUGACUUGAUGACAGCUUUGCACAUUCUUGGCAUUCUCUUAACCAGCUUCAUGAGGUAGUCACCUGGAAUGCAUUUAAAUUAACAGGUGUGACUUGUUAAAGUUAAUUUGUAGAAUUUCUUCAUUUCUUAAUGUGUCUGAGCCAAUCAGUUGUGUUGUGACAAGUUAGGGUUGGUAUACAGAAGAUAGCCCUAUUUGGUAAAAUACCAACUCCAUAUUAUGGCAAGAACAGCUCAAAUAAGCAAAGAGAAACGACAGUUAAUCAUUACUUUAAGACAUGAAGGUCAUUCAAUCCGGAAAAUGUCAAGAACUUUGAAAGUUUCUAGAUGUGCAGUCGCAAAAACCGUCAAGCGAUAUGAUGAAACUGGCUCUCAUGAGGAACGACACAGGAAAGGAAGACCCAGAGUUACCUCUGCUGGAGAGGAUAUGUUCAUUACAGUUACCAGCCUCAGAAAUUUCAUCCCAAAUAAAUGCUUCACACAGUUCAAGUAACAGACACAUCUCAACAUCAACUGUUCAGAGAAGACUGUGUGAAUCAGGCCUUCAUGGUCAAAUUGCUACAAAGAAACCACUACUAAAAGGACACCAAUAAUAAUAAGAGACUUGCUUGGGUCAAGAAACACAAGCAAUGGAUAUUAUACUGGUGUAAAUCCCACCAUGAAGCUUGGAGGAGGAGGUGUAAUGGUGCUUUGCUGGUUACACUGUCUGUGAUUUAUUUAGAAUUCAAGGCACACUUAACCAGCAUGGCUACUACAGCAUUCUGCAGAAAUACACCAUCCCAUCUGAUUUGCUCUUAUUGGGACUAUCAUUUGUUUUCAACACAGUUCUAGCCUGUGUAAGGACUAUUUGUCCAAGAAGGAGAGUGAUGCAUCAGAUGAACUGGUCGGCACAAUCACCCGACCUCAACCCAAUUUUUAUUUAUAUAUAUUUUUUACCUUUAUUUAACUAGGCAAGUCAGUUAAGAACAAAUUCUCAUUUUCAGUGACGGCCUAGGAACAGUGGGUUAACUGCCUUGUUCAGGGGCAGAACAACAGAUUUUUACCUUGCCAGCUCGGGGAUUCAAUCUUGCAAACUUUUGGUUACAAGUCCAACGCUCUAACCACUAGGCUACCUGCUGCCACAUUAGAUGGUUUGGGAUGAGUUGGACCGCAGAAUGAAGGAAAAACAGCCAACAAGUACUCAGCAUAUGUGGAAACUCCUUCAAGACUGUUGGAAAAGCAUUCCAGGUGAAGCUGGUUGAGAGAAUGCAACGAGUGUGCAAAGCUGUCAUCAAGGCUGGCUACUUUGAAGAAUCUAAAAACUAAAAUAUAUUUUGAUUUGUUUAACACUUUUUUGGUUACAACAUGAUCCAUGUGUUAUUUCAUAGUUUUGAUGUCUUUGAUGCCAUGUAGUCCAAGAUAAACUGUAUGCCUGAUCACAAUUAUAUCUGGGGAAGGGUAAAAAGCCAUUUGUAGAGUGUUGAACGGAACCAAGAGCACAGUGGUCUCCAUCAGUGGGAAAUUGAAAAAAUAUGGAGCUACCCAGACUCUCCAUAGAUCUGUCCGUCCGACGAAACUGAGCAACCGGGUAAGAAGGACCUUGGUCAGGGAGGUGACCAAGAACCCAAUGACCACUCUGACAGAACUACAGAGUUUCUUGUCUGAGAUGGGAGAACCUUCAAGAAGGACAACAGUCUCUAAAACACUUCAACAAUCUGGGCAUUAUGGGGGAGUGGUCAAACGGAAGACACUCCUGAGAAAUAGGCACAUGAUAGCACGCCUGAGAGCUUAAGGUAUGAGACAAAAAUAGGUACUCUUUCGCUUGAAUGCAAAGCACUAUGUCUGGAGAAAACCAGGCACAGCUCAUCACCUGUCUUACACUAUCCCUACCGUGAAGCAUGUGAUGGCAGCAUCAUGCUAUGGGGAUGCUUUUCAGCGGUAAGGAGACUGGUAAGGAUAGAGGGAACAAUGUAUGGAGCCAAAUACAGGCAAAUCCUUGAUGAAAACCUACUUCAGAGUGCAAAUGACCUUUGACUGGGGCGAAGAUUUACAUUACAACAGGACAAUGACCCCAAGCAUACAACCAAAGCAACGCUGGAAUGGCUUCAGAACAAGAAUGUGAAAGUUCCUUGAGUGACCCAGCCAAAGCCCAGACUUGAGUCCCAUUGAAAAUCUGUGGAAUGACUUAGACUGCUGUUCACCACCGCGUUCACCACCAAAUCUAGAUGUGCAAAGCUGAUACAGACAUACCCAAGACUACAAAGUAUGGACUCGGUUGUGUGAAUACUUAUGUAAAUUAGAUAUUUCUAUAUUUCAUUCUCAAUAAAUUUGCCUAUUUUGUAUUUUUUUUAAGUCAAGGGGUAUGAAUACCUUCUGAAGGCACUGUAUGUGGGUAUUAUUGACGGUGGCUUCUGAUAGCGGCUAAUAUUUAAUAUAAUAGAAAUGGUAAAAAAAUACACUGCUCAAAAAAAUAAAGGGAACACUUAAACAACACAAUGUAACUCCAAGUCAAUUACACUUCUGUGAAAUCAAACUGUCCACUUAGGAAGCAACACUGAUUGACAAUAAAUUUCACAUGCUGUUGUGCAAAUGGAAUAGACAAAAGGUGGAAAUUAUAGGCAAUUAGCAAGACACUCCCCAAAACAGGAGUGAUUCUGCAGGUGACCACAGACCACUUCUCAGUUCCUAUGCUUCCUGGUUGAUGUUUUGGUCACUUUUGAAUGCUGGUGGUGCUCUCACUCUAGUGGUAGCAUGAGACAGAGUCUACAACCCACACAAGUGGCUCAGGUAGUGCAGUUCAUCCAGGAUGGCACAUCAAUGCGAACUGUGGCAAAAAGGUUUGCUGUGUCUGUCAGCGUAGUGUCCAGAGCAUGCAGGCGCUACCAGGAGACAGGCCAGUACAUCAGGAGACGUGGAGGAGGCCGUAGGAGGGCAACAACCCAGCAGCAGGACCGGUACCUCCGCCUUAGUGCAAGGAGGUGCACUGCCAGCGCCAUGCAAAAUGACCUCCAGCAGGCCACAAAUGC